CAAUCAGAGGCAAUAUCCGCUACUUAGGUACUAUAGAUUUGAUGUUGACAGUUUGCUUUAAUGUGGUGAUAUGAGGUUAGAUAAGCUCAUUUACAAUAAUGGUAUAAAGCGAACAUACGAAUCGGAAAGCAGUGUAAGGAAUGAUAGGUUAGAUAAGCUCAUUUACAGUAAUGGUAUAAAGCGAACACACGAAUCUGAAAGCAGUGUAAGGAAUUAUAUCAAAGUUGUCGCUCACCCCUGUUUUGUAAGGGCUGGUAUCGCCAUAUCGCGAUGUUAAAUCUUACCUACAACAAGUCCACUCCGAUAGAAUGGGUGUCGACAGAGAUUACAGCGAGCGAGCGAAUCGCCAAGAUCGUGGUGUGCUUUCUUAUUAUCCUCACCGCGUUAGUCGGCAACGUCCUUAUCAUUGUCGUCGUGUGCCGUAACGCGAAUAUGCGUAAAACCAUCAACUACUUCAUCGUCAAUAUGGCCGUGUCCGACCUCGCUGUUUCCCUGUUCGUGUUGCCGAGGGUCAUCUCAGAGAACAUCACGAGUUACGAGUUCCUCCCUGAGUGGCGAGUGUCGGGCGCGGCGGGGGAGGUACUGUGUAAACUUGUCUACUUCAUCUCGGAUCUGUCGCCAGCCGUGUCUAUCCUCAGCCUAGUCUGCAUCACAUUGGAUCGCUUCUGCGCGGUCGUGUUCCCGAUGAAGCGCACACUGAUCACCUCGCGGGUCCGACUUGUGUUAAUAGUCUUCACCUGGCUCUUCUCUGCAGCGUUUUUCUCGCCCUCGUUCUACACAAUGCGGCUUGUCGGUAUAUCUGGGCUAGACUCUGUUUAUUGCCGGAUGCGGUGGAGUAAGGACCGCGCACAGCACGUGGUCAUCCACCGCGCAUACAUCACCGCGACGUGCAUCCUCUUCGUCAUCACCCCCAUGGUCCUAAUCACCGUCAUGUACACCGUCAUCAUGGUAGUGGUCAGGAUGGCCUUGCUCACCCGUCAAUCCAAGCAAGGGAGCGCGGCACAGCGCAGGCGGCAGGACAACAACAACCGGCUCUUGCGUCUCGCUGUGCUAACUGUCAUCUCGUUCACAGUGUGCUGGGGGCCGUACAACAUCUACCUUUUCUUGCAGAGUUUUGCGUGGAAAUGGAAACAGAGCAGCAACGUUCACGGCGCGCGCGUUUUGUUUGAAGUAGUGGUGUUUCUUACUUACACCAACAGUAUGAUCAAUCCUUGUCUGUACUUCGUGUUCAUUGAGAACUACCGACACGGUCUGAGACGUGUGCUGCGCUCGGCACAUGACGCGAGAAGAAAUAUACCGAGCGCAACGAGACUAGAUGGCAGAUUACGUACCCAGCACACUGAGCUAUACUGUGUAUUAUCCAAACAGCUUAAUGAAACAACUGCCAGUAACGUUCCAGAAAUAGCACACAGCAAUUAGCAAACCGGGACGGUAUGGUGUUUACCAUCCACAAGGCACAGGGCCACAUAAAAUAUCCUGCACUGCAUGUAAGAUCCAAUGAAAUAGGUAUCACUUUGGUAUAAUUAUAGAGCGGAAUGCAUGGUUUAUGGUGUAAACACGGCCUUAUGGAACAACUGACAUAAAAAGUAGAGGGUGCGUAACAAUGGCUUAUUAGUUGAACAGGUUUAACAAGCUAAGUAACCCUUGAUGUACUUCAACUGGUUGCUCGAAAACACCUUUUACGUUUUAGUUUAGUCGAUCAAACAUGUUAGUCACUCUUUCAAAGUGAUCUUGUUCAAGAGUAAGAAAUUGUUUCAUUCAUCACCAAUCAAUUUUUCAAUCAAGUUUUCAAUUUUCGUUUAUCUGUGCGCACUCUAAACACUGGUUGCAUGCGCUCGAGAAAGCACUAUAAAACACGCCAUUUCAAACGAGCUCGCGCUGUUUUGAUUUUGUAAAAUACUUUUUUCGUUGCGUAUAUUAUUUAUUCAGAGAAUUAUUAAAAUUGUCAUUUAUUUGAA